CAAGUCUGCAAUGUGAUGUCCCCCAACCAGAACAACUGGUUGCGGACUAGCUGGGUGCAGCGGCACGGGGCCCACCGGGUUUACGCAGAGAUCCGAUUCACUCUGCGGGACUGCAACAGCAUGCCAGGGGUACUGGGCACAUGUAAGGAAACCUUCAAUCUCUACUACCUCCAGUCGGACCGCGACCUGGGGAGCACCACCCGCGAGAGCCAAUUCAUGAAGAUCGAUACCAUUGCAGCCGACGAGAGCUUCACCAACGUGGACCUGGGGAUCCGGCAGCUCAAGCUCAACACGGAGGUGCGCGGCGUGGGGCCUCUGAACAAACGAGGCUUCUACCUUGCCUUCCAGGACAUCGGAGCAUGCAUCGCCAUUGUCUCCGUCCGGGUCUAUUACAAGAAGUGCCCGGCUAUGGUUAGGAACUUAGCGUCUUUCUCUGAGGCAGUAACGGGAGCAGACUCCUCGUCGCUCGUGGAGGUGCGGGGCGAGUGUGUAGGGCACUCGGAGGAAAGAGACACACCAAAAAUGUACUGCAGUGCUGAGGGGGAGUGGCUGGUACCCAUUGGGAAAUGUGUGUGCAGCGCUGGCUAUGAGGAACAGAAGGAUUCGUGUCUGGCCUGUCAACUGGGUUUUUACAAGUCUUCCCCCGGGGAUCAGCUGUGUGCCAAAUGCCCUCCCCACAGCUAUUCUGAGACCCAGGCUUCACAGGUGUGUCGCUGUGAGAACAACUUUUACCGAGCAGUACGGGACCCCCCUUCGGCAGCCUGCACACGUCCCCCUUCUGCCCCCAAGAACCUGCUCUCCAGUGUAAAUGGCACCUCUGUCACCCUAGAGUGGGCCCCGCCUCUGGACCAAGGAGGCCGCAGUGACAUCCUCUACAACGUGCUGUGCCACCGCUGUUUGUGGGAUUCAGGCCAGUGUGAGGCCUGCGGUGCCAGGAUCCGCUUCGUGCCACAACCGACGAACUUGGCCCAGGGCUCCCUGGCUGUCAACAACCUCUUAGCCCACACCAACUACUCCUUCUGGGUGGAAGCUGUCAAUGGGGUCUCCGACCUUACUCUUGAGUCACCACGAUUUGCUGCCGUCAACAUCACCACGAACCAGGCAGCUCCAUCGCAAGUGUUGGCAGUUCACCAGGAAAAUGUGGGGCAGAACAGUGUCACCCUCCUGUGGCAGGAACCAGAUCAACCUAACGGCAUCAUUCUGGAAUAUGAGAUCAAGUACUAUGAAAAGGACAAAGAAAUGCAGAGCUAUUCCACCCUGAAGUCCAAAAGCAACGGCGCCACGGUCUCAGGCCUGAAGCCUGCCACACGCUACGUCUUCCAGGUCCGAGCCCGCACCUCUGCCGGCUGUGGCAAAUUCAGCCAGGCGCUGGACGUGGAGACCGCCAAAGCAACUCCCCAUUACGACACCACAAUGGUUGUCUGGAUCUGCCUCACUCUCAUUGGCGGCUUCAUCGCCUCGCUUCUGUUUCUGAUCUGCAAGAAGAGACACUGUGGCUACAGCAAGGCUUUCCAGGACUCUGACGAGGAGAAGAUGCAUUAUCAGAAUGGACAGGUGAAAUUCCCCGAGUCAAAGUUCUACGUGGAGCCACACACGUAUGAAGACCCCUGCCAGGCUGUGCUUGAGUUCACACGGGAAAUCGAAGCCUCGAGGAUUAAAAUUGAGAGAGUCAUCGGAUCUGGAGAGUCAGGAGAAGUGUGUUUCGGCCGUUUGAAGUUGCCUGGGAAGAGGGAGGUGCCGGUGGCGGUCAAGGCCCUGAAAGCCGGGUACACGGAGAAACAGAGGCGGGACUUCCUGUGCGAAGCCAGCAUCAUGGCCCAGUUCAACCACCCCAAUGUCAUCCACCUGGAGGGGGUGGUCACCAAAAGCAAAUUAGUCAUGAUUGUGACCGAGUACAUGGAGAAUGGCUCACUGGAUUCCUUUCUCCGGACACACGACGGGCAAUUUACAGUCCUUCAGCUCGUGGUCAUGCUGAGAGGCAUCAGUGCCGGCAUGCGCUACCUCGCAGACUUGGGCUACGUGCACCGCGACUUAGCGGCACGCAACAUCCUGGUCAAUGGCAACCUGGUCUGCAAAGUCUCUGAUUUUGGCCUGUCGCGAAUCCUGGAGAACAGCCCUGAGGCUGCGUACACCACCACAGGUGGGAAGAUCCCUGUUCGGUGGACAGCGCCAGAAGCCAUCACGUACCGGAAGUUCUCAUCGGCCAGUGACGUCUGGAGCUACGGCAUUGUGAUGUGGGAAGUGUUGGCCUAUGGGGAGCGGCCUUACUGGAACAUGACCAACCGGGAUGUCAUUCAGUCUGUGGAGGAGGGUUACCGGUUGCCUGCCCCCAUGGGCUGUCCCACGGCCCUGCAUCAACUCAUGUUGGAUUGCUGGCAGAAGGACCGCAACGAGAGGCCGCGCUUCUCCCAGAUCGUCGGCGUCCUGGACAUGCUCAUCCGCAGCCCACAGAACCUAAAGUGUACAGCCACUGUCAACCGAUUCACCCAAACUCUCUCGGAAAGAAGCUGCAUCGAUUUCACCAGCUGCGCUACUGUGGGCGACUGGCUGGACUCCAUCCGGCUGGGAUGGUACCGAGAGAAUUUUGUGCUGGCUGGCUAUUCUUCCCUCGGCAUGGUGAUGUGGAUGAAUAUCGAGGAUGUGCAGAGUUUGGGCAUCAGCUUCGUAGGGCACCAGAGGAAGAUCCUGACCAGCAUCCAGAUCAUGAGGUCUCAGCUGCUCAAUACCAUGGGCUCCAGAAGACACCUGUGA